CGGUAUUCAUAGUCAAAUCUAUUCAAGACUCAUCUUAAGCACGAGCUUGAGACGUCAAUGGCUGUGUUUUGCCGAACCUUCGCUAGCUAAGCAGUCGCUCGUUUGGUAGCGGUUUCGAUUGUAGCGCCGCUUAGCGCUAUUGAGGUAUCGGCUGGACAGUUUUCAGCAUAUUUUUGUGUUAACAGUAAAUUCAACAUAACCGCAAUUUAUGUUAUUGUUAAUUACAACACAAUUUUGUUUAAUAUUUUUGUAUAAAGUGUCAUUGAAUUACAAUAUCCAUAAACAAUAGCAGUUUAAUGAAUUGCAAUUCUAUUACGUUUGUUAAAUUGUGGCGUAUCUAUAACCAGUAUGGAAAAUAUUGACAAUUUGAUUUUGGAUGAAUUAUUGAAUGAUGAUAAUGACGAUAAUGAUGAUGAUGAUGAUGAUGAUGAUGAAGUCGAAGAGUUACUCAUUCCUGUUGUAAAUGACCAAGAACUUAUAAAUAUCAUCGAUAUUGGUGUAGAAGAUGCACCAAUACUACGUGACCUAAUACACGGAGAUAGACGGAAUAGAGGAAUUUUAAAUUUGCAUUACUAUGAGCACAUUGUACCACAUUACAAUGAUAACCAAUUUCACUCGCAUUUUAGAAUGAGCCGAGAAUUAUAUGAGGAAUUGGAAAAUUUAAUAUAUCGGCAAAUUCGGCAAGGUGAAAACAACGUUCCGUUACGGAAAAAAAUAUUGUUAACUAUAUGGAUUGUUGGCACUCCUGAGAGCUUUCGAUCCGUUGCCGACAGAUUUGGGCUCUCAAAAAGUAACGCUCAUAUAGUAUUUAAAGAAGUAAUUUGUGCAUUAAAAGAAAUGAUGCCACAAUUUGUAAAAUGGCCAAAUGCCGAAGAGUGCGAAAAUAAUGAAAGGAUUUUCCGUAUGCAAUCGCGAGGAUUUCCAGGUGUUGUGGGAGCCAUUGACGGAUGUCACAUUCCCAUCAAACAACCGCCCGGAAAUGCAAACGAUUAUUAUAAUCGUAAGGGAUUCCAUUCAAUUAAUUUUCAAGGCAUAUGCGAUCAUACGGGUAAAUUUAUAGAUUGUUUAAUUGGUCGGCCAGGACGAGCACAUGAUGCAGCUGUGUUUCGCAGUAGCUCCAUUUUUAACAGACUGAUGGAUCAAGAAAAUCCAAUUCUACCACCACAAAAGCACAUUAUAGGCGAUUCAGCGUAUCCAUUGCUUCAAAAUCUGAUGACACCUUUUCGGGACAACGGACAUCUCACGCCAGAACAGUCCACGUAUAACACCAAACUUUCGUCUAUACGGUCGAUUGUUGAGCGUGCAUUUGGAUUAUUAAAGUGCAAAUGGCGGAGAUUGAAAUAUCUUGAUGUUAAAAGUGUAAGAAUGGCAAAUUACAUCAUUGCAGCGGCCUGCACUCUCCACAAUUUCCUUUUAAUGCACGAUGAAAUUGAUAUAAGGGAGAAUUACUUUAUGAAUGAGGACAUUAAUAAUGAAAAUGAUGAAGACUACAACGAUAUAAAUGUCGAUGAAAAUGAAGCAAUUGAUGAAAAUGCGCGGAUGAAAAGGGAACAAAUAAUGAAUAACUUAUAAACUGCAGUAUUUUUGUUAACAUAUAAUAAAUUUUGUAUUUUUAUUUUAAAAUUAAAUAAAUCUUUUUUAUACAUUAAGAU